UGUUACUAAAAAACUUGUCGGCAGUCUUUUAAAGACAGGGCAUGCCAUGGGGUCCCAACCCGGCAUGCCAAUUGCCCUUCGCUCAAUUCAUUCAUCCUCUUGUCGUCGCGCUUCAGAAGAAGGCCUGCAACUGAAUGAGAAGACUGCCUUGUAUGAUAUUGUGAUUGUUGGGGGUGGCGUUGCUGGAACUGCUCUAGCUUGUGCACUUGCUUCAAACCCAGUAUUAAGAGACAACCGCGUGGCUCUGGUAGAGGCAAUGGAUUUAACCAGCACAAUUGAGUGGAGCCCAGUAAAAGAAAGUUAUUCGAAUCGUGUUGUUUCUCUUACACCUGGCUCUAUGAAUUUUUUUGAGCGAAUGGGUGUUGUGGAGCAUAUGAACCUUUCUCGCGUACAUGGUUACGGUGAUAUGGAAGUAUGGGACGGAGUGACAGACGCAAGAAUCAAGUUUGAUACUAGCUUGCUUGGAUCAAAGAAAGAUACCAGCAAGGAAUCGAUUGCGUACAUGGUAGAAAACAUUCAUCUCCAAAAUGCUAUGUUGAAGCGUAUUAGAGAAUGUAAUACCAGAGGUGCUCAAGUCGAUAUCCUUCAAAAGGCUCGUGUAGCCUCUAUCGGUAAUGAGCAGUCUUCUACCGAGUUUGAUGUAUCAGACUGGCCAUCAGUGAAACUUGAGAGUGGUGAUGUUCUCCAGACACGUCUUUUGAUUGGUGCCGAUGGUGUCAAUAGUCCAGUGCGCAAUCAUGCCAACAUUGAAUCGCUUGGCUGGGAUUAUGAUACUCAUGGUGUGGUCGCUACUCUAAAAUUGGAUGAUUCUCGCCCCAAUAAUACCGCAUGGCAAAGAUUCUUACCCACAGGGCCAAUUGCUAUGCUACCUUUGAGUGAAGGAUACGCCUCAUUGGUUUGGUCUACCAAGCCAGAAAUUGCUAAAAUUCUCAAGGGAGUAUCAUCAGAUGAUUUUUGUAAACUCGUAAACGCUGCCUUCCGAAUGUCAACUAUCGAUCUCAAUUAUCUCUAUGAGUACACCUGGCGUGAGGAGGUGGCCAAUAAGUCAAAGAGUACUAUUGAAGUAUGGCAGCGUGAAGAGAGCCUUCCGCCUGCUGUGGUAAGUAUUCAAGACAAGAGUCGAGCCAGCUUUCCUCUUCGUAUGCGUAACUCUGAGAGAUAUGUGGCUGAUCGGGUUGCUCUUGUGGGUGACGCAGCUCACGCAAUUCACCCAUUAGCUGGACAGGGACUUAAUCAGGGCAUGUUAGAUGUAGCUUGCCUUUCCAAGGUCCUUGAAAAGGGUACACUUGAAGGCCAAGACAUUGGAAAGCUCAACUUGUUGCGAGACUAUGCAGCUGAGCGCUAUGGACGCAACAUUGUCAUGUUGAGUGCAUGCGACAAGAUGCACAGGCUAUUUGGCACCGAUGUUGCUCCUGUUACAUGGAUCCGAUCCCUUGGAUUAUCGGCUGUCAACAGCAGUGACAGUCUCAAGGCUGAGAUAAUGAAAUAUGCCAUGGGAGUAGAGUCUAGCCGAUAGAGUAUUAUAUGAAUCCACAUUUACACACACACGCACAUAUCUACAAACACACACAUAUAUACAAACACAAUGAACACCAUUAUUAUUUUUAUCAUUAUUUCGAAAAGAAAUAUUAAUAAUAAUAAUGGUGACAUUCACACGAGCUUACAAGUCUUGGGGAUUGU